AACUCCAUCAGUCAUAAAUACUCCAGGCCGGAUCAAUAUAUUCCAAGUCACGGGUCUCCAAGCACGCGACGAGAUAAAUCAGGGAGCUUCUUCGCUUCACCUCCACAAUAAUGGCACCGCAGCAACUCCAGGUCCCUCAGACUGAAAAUAUCGCCGACGUGUACGCAACUGACGACGUAUCGGCUCAGUCAGUUGCCCCCGAGAUAAAAGCUCGCUGGCAGCAUCUCAUUAAGCAAUUUACCGAAAUAUACAGCAAGAAGCCGGAUUUUGUUGCGCGCAGUCCUGGCCGCGUCAACAUCAUCGGAGAACACAUCGACUACAAUCUUUACGAUGUGCUGCCCACAGCCGUCAGCGUGGAUGUCAUAAUCGCCGUCAAAGUCGUUCCGACUGAAGGGUCCGAAGCUAUCGUCAAGAUCUCCAACGUCAAUCCUCAGAAAUUCCCCUCGCGCGAGUUUAGUGUCCCCUUUGACAAGGAUGUGGUGAUUGACCCUAAGAAACACGAGUGGGUCAACUACUUCAAAGCAGGCCUGGUCGGAGCAUUGAAGUUUCUCCGCAAGGGAAACCCGUCCGUGAAACCGGUCUCGCUCGAAGUUCUUCUAGACGGCAACGUACCCCCCGGUGGUGGCAUUUCCAGCAGUGCUGCAUUCGUGUGCGCCAGUGCCUUGGCUGUCAUCAAGGCAAACGGCCACGAUGUGUCCAAAGAAAAUCUUUUGGACCUGGCCGUUGUGUCUGAACGCGCGGUUGGUGUUUAUUCUGGAGGAAUGGACCAGGCUGCUUCCAUCUUCUCCCAGCGCGGAUUCCUCCUUUAUACCAAAUUCUUCCCCAAAUUCUCCGUUGAACACGUUCCUAUUCCCGUAGCCGAUGAGGAAAUUGUAUUUCUUGUUGCUCAGAGCUUCGUUACUUCCAACAAGGCCGAGACCGGUCCUCGUCAUUACAACCUUCGUGUUGCCGAAUGCACAUUAGCCGCCGUCGUGCUAGCCAAACAUCACGGAAUCGUCUUGGAAAAGGAUAACAGUUCGUUGGGCUAUAGUCUGAGGAAUCUCCAUGAAGAGUUUAUGCGCAAACAAGGCCGUCUUCAAGACCCGUUGGAAUAUCAGCUGGAUGCGGUCAUCCAGUCAACUACAGAGAUACUUUCCCAAGAACAGGGCUAUACACGCGAAGAAAUUGCAAAACUUCUCGACAUCACAGUACCCGAGCUCGGAUCAAGAUUUCUCUCCUCCUUCCCCGUCGAAGCAGAACGAUUCAAGCUUCGCCAGCGUGCCCUACAUUGUUUCAAGGAGGCUCGCCGUGUCUUAGAUUUCAAGGCUUGUCUCUCCCAAGCUGAUAAACUUGAUAUCAAACGUAUUCACUAUCUGGGUCAAUUGUUGAACGAGACUCAGGAUUCAUGCCGCGAUGACUACGAAUGCAGUUGUCCCGAAGUCGAUCAGAUCUGUGAAAUAGCCCGCCGUGCCGGAACCUGGGGUAGCAGACUCACCGGUGCAGGAUGGGGUGGCUGCACAGUGCACAUGUUACCCAGGUCUAAGGUUGAGGCUGUUAGCAAGGCAUUGCAUGAGGAAUAUUAUUCUAAGCUUUCUGGUCUUACUCAGGAGCAGCUGUCCGAGGCUAUUGUUAUCAGCAAACCAUCUAAUGGUUCUUUCUUGGUUCAUGGCGCCGCUUUGGAAUUGGCGUGAAACAUAUACAGUCUAAUAGUCUUGUUUAUCCAUUAUGUUGUAUAUAGAUCCAAUCUGCUGAUACCAGCAUACACUGGUUAUUUUCGCAAUGAAAUGUUUACGUUGCACCAGUGAAAUUCUGGAUUUCUGCAUCCAGAAAAGCUCCUCUUUCACGUGCGAU